CAUACUUAAAAGUCCUAAACAACAGCAAAGUUUCAGUUUCAGUGAAGACUCCAAAUGGGCAGAGCAAAGCUUCAAAUGGGCUGCAGCUUCGUUAUUGUCAGUGAAGACUCCACAACAUCAGGAGAAGUUUCACCCCAUGGGAUCUGCUCAGGGUUCCUAA